AUGGCCACCAUAAAGGCUAUUGAAGGCCGGACUGCAAGUGAAAUCAAUCCUGGAUGCUCCGGUCAAGUCAUUGUUGAUUUGUGUUCGGUGGUGAAGGAAUUGGUGGAAAAUAGUCUGGACGCCGGUGCCACCAGCGUUGAUGUCAGGUUCAAAAAUCAGGGACUAGAAUCAAUCGAGGUUCAGGACAAUGGCGACGGCAUCUCGCCACAGAACUACGAAACUCUAGCCCUCAAACAUCAUACUUCGAAGCUCGCCACUUAUUCUGAUUUAACUACCCUUCAGACCUUCGGGUUCCGCGGAGAAGCACUUUCAUCAUUGUGCGCUCUUUCACACUUCUCCGUCACAACUUGCAUGGCCGCAGAUGCUCCGAAAGGGACCAAGCUGGAUUUUGAAGUAUCGGGAAAGCUGAAGGGAACAAGCGUAGUAGCAGCGCAGAAAGGCACCACCGUAUCCGUCGAGAAUUUGUUCAAUAAUCUGCCGGUCAGACGGCGAGAGUUGGAGCGUAAUAUAAAGCGUGAAUGGAGUAGAGUAAUUGGAGUGCUAGGCCAGUAUGCCUGCAUCCAAACGGGUGUCAAGUUCUCCGUAUCACAGCAGGCUGGCAAGGGCAAGAAGACUUCCCUAUUCUCUACAAAGGGCAACAAAACUACCAGAGAAAAUAUCGUUAAUGUUUUCGGAGCGAAGACACUCACAGCCCUUGUCCCCAUGGACUUGAAAUUAAAGCUCGAACCGACCAGUGGACCAAGUCAGAGAUGGAGUACGCAAGAGGAUGGCGGUCAAAAAGAUAUUCGAAUCGUAGGCCACAUAUCUCGCCCAGCAUCUGGGGAAGGCCGGACAACCCCUGAUCGCCAGAUGUUCUUUGUGAACGCUAGACCAUGUGGUCUCCCACAGGUUGCAAAGGCAUUCAACGAAGUGUACAAAGCUUAUAAUGGUUCCCAGUCUCCUUUCAUAUUUGCAAAUAUUGAACUGGAUACCCAUCUAUAUGAUGUCAAUGUGAGUCCUGACAAGAGGACGAUCAUGCUACACGAUCAGACUCGCAUGCUGGAAAACUUGAAGGAGGCUCUUGUUUUUUUAUUCGACUCGCAAGAUUAUACUGUGCCAAUAUCUCAAUUACCAGUGCAGAAACAGCCAUCGUACAAACAAUUAACGAUAAACCGAGAAUCAUCUACUACUUCCAAAACCUCGUCGAUAAAAAGGGCUCGCUCUUCUUCUCCAAGCGAAGCCUCGUUAGGAAAACGCCAGCGCUCUACUUCUCCAGCUAGAGAAGAUGAACAUGACGCGAAUCCGAACGAUACCGGAAAAGAUAACUCUGAUGAUGAUAAUCAAAGUAUGAUAUCCGAUUUACAAGAUGAACAUGCCGCUAGCCGGAGAAGAUUAACAAAAUCUUCUGAUAACAAUCUAAAUCUUAUCUCGAAUUGGGCUGGUAGGAACACAAAGGAUAGAUCGGAGGCUAAAGAGACGAAUUCUAGAUCUGCGAAUGUUGCCGGAAAACUUCCAAAGGAGAAACUAGAUCUCCUUCAAAAUUUUCGAGAUGUAAGCCAGGACACGGAUGAUAAUGACAACGACGGCGAACGUAGAAAUGAAUUAGCCAGUUCGCUCUCUACAGUUCGAUCUUCUCUUCCGGCGCCAACCUUUAAAUUACCAGUUCCAGUGGCAGAUUUCAAUACGAGGAUAGCCGAAAUGCAUAAGGACAACAGAUCCGAAGCGCCUAUACCUGCUUUGGAGUCCCCUUCCAAAUCUCCUCCUUCUCUAUCAAGCCGAUUUUCGAGUAACCCCAAAACUCACCGUAUCCCCGCUGAGAUAGCUACAAUUACCAUUGACGGUGACACGACGACUCGGAUGAUUGGUACACCUGCAGCUAAAAGUGCUCCUGUGGGUGUUGUUCGCUGCACAUCGAGAAACUCUCGUAUUCACACGCCGAAGCCAAAAAAUAAAGCACCUCUACCAUCAUUUGGGAGUCGACUCUCCCAGCGCUUUGGAGCUCCAGGCACCACACAAUCAGCGGAAUCAGACGAAGAUGAAGACGAAGACGAAGACGAAGAAGGCAAAGCAACACGCUCACCUAGAACACCAUCUAUCUCAUCUGACCCCGGGGAACAUGACGAGGGUGGAGAAGGGUUCCAGAGCGAGACCCAGCGUAUGCCCAUAAAUCCAUCCAGUGACCCUGUCGAAAACAACGCAAUCGAAUCUUCUGGUGAGUUGGCCGAGAAACCGGAUAGUGAAGCAAACGCCGGACCCGUAUCAGAGCUUGAGGCAGCUAUAGAUGACGAGGAUGCAGACGAUGAGUACAUUGACGAAGGUGAGAAAAAGGCGCGAGAAGAAGCCAAGGUUCAGCAUCUUAUUCAGGCCGCCGAAGAAGCUGCGAUGCAACCUUCACAGGCAAACAUCCUCAGAGCCAAAAGUCUUCUGAAAGGUAGCGCUCGGAGGAAAGAAAGUACCCUCAAUAUUGUGAAGCCUCUUAAAACAAGCGUCAUCAAUAUCGAAGAACAGAUCUCUAGCUUACACACUAUGCUGUCCACCUAUGACCAACUUCCCUCCCGUCACACAGAAGACGACUCAAUCGAUUCCUCCAAAGCCGAAGAAAAGCUAUCUCUAACAAUCUCAAAACCGGAUUUUGCCAAAAUGAGAAUCGUAGGCCAAUUCAACCUCGGGUUCAUCCUAGCAACAAGAACCUCAAUCACCCAGCCCUCAGAAGGACAAGCCCUCGCCGACGACCUCUUCAUCAUCGACCAACACGCCUCGGACGAGAAAUACAACUUCGAACGUCUCCAAUCCACCACAAUAGUCCAAUCCCAACGUCUAGUCCACCCCAAACUCCUCUCCCUCACCGCUCUCGAAGAAGAAAUCGUCCUCGAAAACCAAAAGGCCCUUUCACAAAACGGCUUCAACAUAUCUUUCAACGACACCCUCCCCGUCGGCACCCGCUGCUCCCUCAUCUCCCUCCCUUUAUCCCGCGAAACCGUGUUCGGGCUCGAAGAUCUCGAUGAGCUGCUUGCGCUGCUUACGGAGUAUCCGAAUGGGAGUAUCCCGCGACCGAGUAAGGUGCGCAAGAUGUUUGCGAUGAGGGCCUGUAGGAGUAGUAUUAUGAUUGGGAAGUCGUUGAGUGGGAAGCAGAUGGGGAAUGUGGUUAGACAUAUGGGCGAGAUUGAUAAGCCCUGGAAUUGUCCGCAUGGGAGACCGACUAUGAGACAUCUUUGUGGAUUGGGGGCGUGGGAUCAGGUUGGCUGGAAAGAGGGGGAUUUGGAUGGGGAGAAGGGCGGCGAUGUGGAUUUGGCGGGGUAUGUUAGGGGAGCGAGGUUGGUUGAGCAGGAGGUGGAUGAAGAUCUGAUUGAAUCUGAGGUUGAGGAGGAAAUGUCAGAUGGAAAUGAAGAGAUUUUGGAAGAGGAAAUUUAUUAA